AAUACAUGUGGAAAGUUAAGCUACCAUCAUCAUUUUUUUUAAAUUGGCCAACUUGCCUAUAGUCUCUCUGACACUGAGUUUGAGCUGAAGAUCUCUGAAGACCUUCCCAGUAAAUCAGACUGGGGCGUGUUACCAUUGUCUCCUCCUCCUCCUCCCCCUCCGUCGGAAGUCUGUCACCUCAGUAACGGGUACCAAAUCUCUGUCCGACACUAAACCAUGUAACCGACAGAGCCUGGGGACUUUGAGGAUCCCCGCUGCCACCCGAAAAACCAAACAACGACAAAGCACCGCAGCGGACAUGACUUCAUCUCAAACCGGAGCAGAACCGGAGUAAGAGACCAACACAAGCAGAAACUACUUCAAGAGCUUCGGCCCCUGGAGACACCAUCCCAGACGUAACGACACACCCAAGCGUGAGAGUAACUCAGUCCUGUGGUCAGGGGGAAAACAUGGCCGCCAGCACUACGCCAGGGACUCCCCCCAGCGGUCUUACAGACAGGAGCGGGAGCUUCUUUAAACUGGUUGACACGUUUGCGUUGGAGAUCGGGGAGCUGAAGAGGGAGAUGGUCCAGAUUUCUCCCACAACUGACAAAGAAAUAACAGACCUCCAGGGGAUGGACAGCGAAGUAUGUGGGAUUUACCUGCAGUCGCCGCAGUGUGGUGGUGUUGGGGGUGAGAGAGAUUCUGGAUAUGACUCCUUGCGGAGGCGGAUGAGCGUAUUGGACAGGCUGACUCAAACCCAUCCGGUGUGGCUGCUGCUGGCGGUCAGUGAUGAGGAGGCGGGAAGUAUCCUGCUCAAACAACCACCGGGGGUGUUCCUGGUCAGGAAGUCAGCCGCUCUGCAGAGAAAAGUUCUGUCUGUACGUCUGAAAGAGUAUCAGUCAGAAACUCCCAUCAGCCACUUCCCUGUCAGAGAGAGCCAGUAUACCUUUUCUCUUGAGGGAUCUGGGAUCAGCUUUGCAGAUCUGUUCCGCCUGGUGGCUUUCUACUGUAUAAGCAGGGAUGUCCUACCUUUCACACUCAAACUCCCAGACGCCAUUGCUUCGGCAAAGACUCAGAAAGAACUGGAGGAAGUGGCUCAGCUCGGAUCAGGCUUCUGGGACUCUGCCCUCUGCAGUCAGCGUCACACUCCUCCCCGUCCCUGUCGCCCUCUGAGCCGGACCCUCAGCCCCAAGCGGACUAACAGGAACAGGGAGGUCGGGGGAUCACAGAAUAAACACACCGUGGGUCACUGCGACAGUGCUCCACCAACUCUACGGUCCCAAGACCCUCCACCGUCCUUUCAUCUGGAGAGAAGACAUUCCAGUGGUCCCGUGUGCUUCGUCAAUCCCCUCUUUCUCCAGACCAAUCAGCACCGUCACAGCUGUGACGACCAUGCGUCUGUAAAUGCUGAUAAGUCUAAUAACCUGGAUAAUGCAGAGAAAGCGUCCAUGAAGCCACUGGACAGCAGGAAUCAAGCUAGUGGGCAACACAAUCUCAAACUGAACAGUAACUCCAGGCAAGCUCCCCCUCGCCCUCCUCCACCCCGCUCAAUGUCACCCCGGCGCCCUGCCCCCCCCCCACCUGGCCCUCCAGCAGCUACCACCAGACCCAAGAGCAUGCCAGUGGCUGUAGCUGCGUCUGCAAAGCAACAACCGUCCCCUAGCAAGCGGCCAGCACCCCAACCACCACAAAUGGGUGCUAAGCACAGCAGCCUCUCCAAACCCACCAGCUCACCUCAUCGUGUGCCUUCAAACCCUCCUCCUCCAAGGCCCAAGAAGCCUGAUCUGGAGUCCCACCGCUGCCACAUUGCCCUGGAUGAUGAGACUAUUGCCAAGGCCCUGUCCCGUGCAAAAAUUCCCGCCUGCAAGCCACCUGCUGCUCCUUCUGGUGAACUACUGGAGAACAGUGCUGGUAGUCCAUCCACUCCAAAUGAGAGGGGACACCAGCGUCUCAGUGACAUGAGCAUGUCUACUUCUUCCUCUGACUCACUGGAAUACUCACAGGCCCCUGGAUUCUCGGGGCUAGCCCCUAGCCCAUCUCGACACCUUAAUCAUCAAGACCCAGUGGAGGACAACAGUGACGAUGACGAGUAUGGAGAAGAGGAUGAGGAUGAGGACUAUGGGGUCGGUCUAGAGACAGACCUUGAAAUGCGACUACGUCCCUCCUUCAAAGCCCGGCGGCCGAGGGUUGGUGUAAGCCUAGGCGGUGGUUCUUUUGUCAUCCCCAGCGCCUUAAAGGGACGUUUUCGGAAGGUGAGCGGGAUGCUCAGCUCUCUCAUGACCCCAGAGAGACGGGCAGUAAAAAGGAUUGCUGAGCUAUCCAGGGACAAAAGUUCAUAUUUUGGCUCCCUGGUUCAGGACUACAUCAUUGUUCAGGAGAACCGAGGCUGUCACACAUCAGGGAUGGAUUUUCUGCAGACUCUCAGGCAGUUCAUGACACAGAUGAAGGCUUACCUGCGACAGAGCUCUGAGCUGGACCCCCCUCUAGAGUCACUCAUACCUGAGGACCAGAUCGACCUGGUACUCGAAAAGGCAAUGCACAAGUGUGUCCUGAAGCCUCUGAAGAGUGUGAGCGCCGUGGCUUUACAGGACUUCCAGGUAAGGGAUAAAGAGAAUAUUUGGUCUUUGCAGCAGCUGAGAGAGAAUCUGGCCCUGGCUAAGGCCAAGAAGCCCCAGGAGUUAGGGGUGGACGGGGCUGUGCCCCCUGACUCAAUGGCUAUUGAGAAGAUCCGACCCAAGUUUAUGAACAUGAGGGAAAUUGUACUCCCGGAGAAAAAGGUGUCGCUGCUGCUGCGUGUGUGUAAGCUCAUCUACACCAUCAUGCAGGAUAACUCAGGGAGGAUGUACGGUGCCGAUGACUUCCUGCCCAUGCUGACUUAUGUCUUAGCUCAGUGUGACAUGCCUCAGCUGGACAUAGAGAUCCAGUACAUGAUGGAGCUUCUGGACCCCUCUCUGCUGCAAGGCGAGGGAGGGUACUACUUGACCAGCGCAUACGGAGCCAUGUCACUCAUCAAGAACUUCCAGGAGGAGCAGGCAGCGCGGGUGCUGAGCUCUGAAGCCAGAAACACUCUUCACCAGUGGCACCGGCGCCGCACUGCACAGCGGUCAGCGCCGUCUGUGGACGAUUUUCAGAACUAUCUCCGUGUAGCCCUGCAGGAAGUGGACACUGGCUGCACGGCUAAAACCCUGAUCGUUCACCCAUACACAACCACAGAUGAGGUCUGCUCACUCUGCGCAUACAAGUUCAAGAUCCCCGACCCCGAGAACUAUGCUUUGUUUCUGGUCACUGAGGACACGAGGCAGCAGCUCGCCCCAGACACUCACCCCCAACGGAUUAAAGCCGAGCUCCACAGCCGGCCCCGGACACUGGUCUUCCACUUUCUCUACAGGAAGGACCACCUGAACCUCUGUAUCCCCGCCGUCAUGCACAAUGGAAACUGCCUUCAAGUUGAAUAGUGGAGGAGAAUGUAAGAUACAGCUUACUGCACUUGAUACCUAACAAUAGUUACAAUAUGUUGUUCUUUGGUGCUUGUAGAUGUUUGUUUAUAGAUGGACCAGAGGAGGUAUGAAUAAAAAAAGAAGCUGAAUGUUGGCAUAUUGCUGCAGAUAUUAAAUGCCUUGGGUCGAAUAUGACGCCAUGAAAAAUAAGAUGAUUUUUAUCUUCGCUCAAACCAUCAAGGAAACAAUGGACUUAGGAAAGUGUUGGUGUUUUACCUGAACAGGUUAAAGUGUUUUGAGGCUGAGCAAGAGAGACUUAUCUGACAAGCCCUUUUAACCUGAGUUUAGCAAAGAUGACUGAAAACGACACGAGUGGAAAUAACAUUUUAACAUGUCAACAUAUACUUUUUAACAAGUUCAAGUUCAACGUAACAUUUGUUUGACAUAAUUGAUGUGCCUGAAAAGCUUUACACCCAUGUUUUAAACAUCAGGAUGUCAAAACUUUAGCUAACUAAGCUUUAAUUUAGUGAUAUCAAAAGUUCCUCUUUUACCAGUCACAGCAACAUUUGCAGAUAUCUGCUACUGAAUUUUAACACGUUGAGAGAGGAUUUUGAGAACUGGAAACAUAAUUUACAUUGCAGAUAGCUUAAAUUUCUAAUAAGUCAUAUAUAUUAACAAAUCAAGUUUGUCUAUGCAACCCAAAAUGUUGUUUCAUUCAGUAGAACUCUAAUAAUUAAUUCAAUAAUUGUUAGUGUGAGAACAUGUGUCACUGCUUACAAUUCUGUUGCAGAUACCUGAAAUAUCCAGGUAUUUGGAUAUACAUUUUUACUUCUUACAAUUCAACAUCCACAAUUUAAAAAAAUCAUAAUCUGCCUUUCAAAAUUUAGAUUGACGGAAGUGUGAUGUUUUUAUGAUUUAGUUUAUUAGAAAAACUGCAUAAUGAUCACUAUGACACUAUCUGUUAAUGUAAAUUUACAGUUAUUAGCACAACUACAUUCAUCUGUAAUCCUGAAGCAGGUACUUACUGUAAACAGAAAACUAAAUUUAGUUGAAUUCAAGUUGAGGGCAGAGGUAAAACUUUUUGUUCUAUACAUUUUCAAUAUAAUUUGAGUGAUUUGUAGAUAUAUAUGCAUUCAACCUUUAAUUUAAUUUAAUCUCUUUGAGGUCAAAAGAAAGAAGGAAAAAGGGUAUUCUAAGUAAUGAAAACAAAUGGAUAUAUUUAUUAAACAGAUAUAUGAGAUAUUAAGAUGCUGCCUUUUAAAAUACUAUUGAAUUACUGUUCAUACUAUUGAAAGUUGGCUGCAAAUCAAACAGCAGUUGUUGAUAUCUAGUUUCUUUGACUACUGGUGUGUGUGAACUUUGAAAAGGGCUUGUCUUUAAAUUAAACCAUUUACAGUCCGUUUGCACCCGCUGGGCUGAGCUGAGCAGAUACUGAUGGUUCGUGUAAGGAGGUUAGUUUGAAGGAUGUUUAGUAUUUAAGUAGUAAAGUGUAAUAUGGACGUGACAUGUAUUACGUAACAAGACAUGAAUAAUACCUUUAAAGUAGAGUUUCUAGAGCUGAGAACUGCCUUUAUUGUAACUUAGUUUGCCCUAACUGCUGUUUUCCCAGGUGCCUUCAAUGAGAAUUGAACAAACUGUAUAUUACUGAGAGCUUAAUGCUUUCAUCAAAAUGAUCCUUAAUGCUACAGCUUUGAUUUAAUAAGUAAAAUGAACUAUUUUUAAAGUUAUGACUGUUUUUUAAUGGCUCUUAUGUUUAUUUCUGCAGUUGCUGGUCAACUGUGGCAUGUUUGUCUUAGUAGAAAUAUUUUUAUAUACAAAUGUUCCUCUUUUCAUCUGUCACGUGACAAAUAUUUGUAUUUUGAUUUUAAAUGCCUGUACUGGACUCUGUAGUGGACUUGGAUUUAUGCCAGUUAUUUUUACAAAGUCAGUUUUAAAAUACACUGUUUGUACUGUUUGUUAUGGAAACUGAAAGAUGACUGAGGAAAUAUAUAAAACUCUCUUCAACUGAGGCUAAA